AACCAUCAGACUGAAGAAGGUGCAGAGCUGGGUGGUGCCUCUAAAUCCCACUAAAGCUAGCAGCGCCAGAAUCCCCCAACAGAAGCAUCAUUUCUCAGUCAACACUCCUCACAAUGGCACCAUUCAGGGUCAAACCGCAGCCUGUCAUCAUAGGAGCCUGGCUCUUCUUUUGUAUUGGCCAGCGUCUGUUGUGUCAGUCCCAUCUGGACCCAGAGACCACCGAUGAUGGAUAGCGAGAGGAUGAGUUUCCUGCUUUAGUUUCUCUGACUCAGGUGGAUUUGGGACUUUUCCUCCACAGUUAUCUCUAAGGUUUCUUUAGCGUCAAACCAGAUCUUCUAAAAUAACCAGAGCUGAGUACCCGACCACGAGGUGGCUCAGGAGGCGACUUCAGAGGAUUUCUCGAUCCAAACCCAAUGGAAGCCACCAGCACUCUCUGGAUGUGUCUGCUGCUCAACCAGCUCCUGUUAGGUCCUGCUGAAGCAGACCCAUUACUUUCCAUCACCCAGACGUAUUCAGCUAACACACAAGAGCACAGUGGCAGCCUGAUGUAUUCAGUGGAGCCCUAUGUAGUCACCACAGACCACCAGAGCUUUGAUAACGACUCUGACUCCACUCGAGGCGACUGUCUGAUUGACACAGAAAUGGGUUUGAUUGCAAUAGGUUCUGCAGGAGGACUGAUUUUCUGUUUGCUGGUUGCCACCAUUGUACUAGCAUGCCAGGUGUUCCAACUCCAGCGCCGGGUGUACGUCCCUCGAACCUCACGGUCGAACUUGGACUUGGUCAGUAGCACACACUACUGGGGCCCUGACCAAACAGAGGUUGGAGGACUGGUUGGCCCGUGUGACACCAAUGUUAUGCUUGAAGAGGUUAAAGUAGAAAGCAAGAUGAAAGAAGAGAGACGGGCUGAAAAAGAGGAGGCAACAGGAGAAGUUGGAAGAGGUCUUGAAGGGAUAACAGGAAUGUGUUUUGAUCAUGAAGAUAAGGACUCUCAGAUCCAGAGCUCCAGCUCCAGGGAUUUAGAAGACAUGCCCCUUGUUGUCUAAGGUGGUAGAGCCACGUGCAAGCCCAGGUCUAGACACGAGCACGUCUAUGACCCACUAACCCAGGAAGACUCACUCUGACUGCUUUCUAAGUUUAUGCUGUUAUGAACGUGACAGAUUAAGGAACUGUGUUAGGUUUAUUAUGCUAAAAAUGUGUGCUUGCCUUCAUAGAUAUAACAAACUUGUUUUAUCAUUAAUGUAGAUAUAAACAAAAUAUACUUAUUUCCACUAACACUGAAUGUUUUUCUCACCCUUUUUUACUUUAUUUAAAUGUUUGUUUCAACCGAGGUUUUAUGUCUAAUUGGUUUAUUUUAUUUUUGUGUUAAAAGACACAUUUUGUUGAUUUAUGUAUUUGGUAAUAAUUAUGGUUUCAGGCUGUGUUCAUCAGCUGAAGUUUUCGUUGCUAUGGGGACUGUGGGUGGAAAUUCAGCAGUGCUCUGAAGAAAACACGUUUCCUGUUUUGAGUUGCGUGUUACAUGUGGUAUACUGUUCCCACUUGAUAAAUAAACAGAAGGCUAAACUAACAUGGUUUCUAUUUAUUUUUACUAAAGUACAACAUUUUCUAAAGAGCAAUGAUGGAAGUUGUGAUGAAGCACAGUUUAGCGUAGAAAAAAGUGGUUGUUGCUUCCUUUCAGACAUUUACUGAUCUUUGUUAACUGGCCAAAAGGUAAAUGAGUCACACAGACAAAGGCCAGCAAAUUUCUCACUCACCCACAUAAUCACUGCAAUGUCAAAUCAAAGGUUUACAGAAUACCACACCAUACAAAAUGUAUUUCUAAAGCAAGUUAAAAACACAGCAUGACAGCUGAUUGAAGUACUACACAAUAAAAGCAGGCGUAUGAUACAGGAAAUAAAUCCAAUGUAACAAUGAUGAAACACAUAGUAAAAUUAAACAAUCACUGGCCAAAUGCCAAGUCAUAAAAGUGGGUCUUUAGUAGUGACUUGAAGCAAAUGAAGGACUGCGCCUGCAUCAAAUUGCAGAACUUUUUUUCUCCACAAAGUCCAGGACAUCAGGGAUAGUCUCUUACACAUGUGGACCCGCUAACCAUGCUGAGCCACUCGACCCCCUAAACUUGAUCUCGCUUUGCUUCUGUCUCUCUCAACGACCCUGAUAAUCUCAUCAGGUCAAUGAAAUUGGCCGGUUCUUCUUGGCAUGUGAUAUCCUUCAUAUCUUGAUCUCCGCCAUUCUGAAUAUUUUCAAUACUAGUCUUAACUACCGGAGUGUGUCCUGCAGCCUUCAAUAAAGCUGGCGUCUAGCCGAUUUUGAAGGAACAUGGACUUGACCCCUCGGAAAUUUCCUAAAUUUUGCCCAAUAUCUAAAUUGUCCAUUCUUUUUCUCUACCCACAUCGACACCAACUUAUUACUUGAUGUGUUCCAAUCUGGUUUUAGACCCUACCACAGCACUGAAAUAG